AUGCUCUUUACCUUGGUGUAUUUGCAGGCAAUUGUGGUAUUUGAAGCAAAGUAUGCGUCUCCUGACGACGCCGCUGGCAAUUUUGAGCCGACAAAUUUGGUACGUUCUAUACAGGAGCAACAGAAUAUUAGCUGCAGCAGCCACAGCUUGGAUGAUGAUCAACAGAUGCUACUUGACAUCGAACAGAACAUAGCGAACCUGGAGCGCAGUCUGAAUAGAGAAUCCGGUGGCAAUGUGGCCACUGGGAGUAGUGGCGCUAGUGGUAACGAUACUUUUGUAUCCCAAAAGAAGCGCCACUUACUAAGACGUGUCAUGUCGGCCGCACAAUCUGGCGCUUCAACAUCAAGUCGCCAAAGAACAGAAUUAAAAUUUGACAAAUUUGGCAAAUCGCCAACAGCGGCCGCAUCAACAAGUGCUAACGCAAUGGCGGUUGAUACAAAUAUUGCUGGUAUUGCCAGUAGCAACGGAAGUCCACUGCCCAAGGAAAAGAAAAUGUCUUUACGCACAGUAAGAAAUAUAAUGCGCUUAGGACGGAGUAGGCAACAAACACAGUCACGCGAUAGUAGCACCGAGGAUGAGGGCAGAUCUCCAUUAAUAUUCGAAACUGACGGCACACUGGCAACGACAACUGCCACUGAAGGUGAAACUGAUGAUGCCCAACAACAACGUCAACUAUUAAGUGGUACACCUGGUGCAGUUGACAGUGAACAAUCGAAUCAAUCAAGUGAUAUGGAAGAGUUGCAACAUUUCGAUCAAGGCAAAAUGAUUAAGGCAAUGACACGCACAGCGGACCAUUUGAAAUCUCAAGAUUUUCAAGUAUGCAUCACAAUAAUUGAAGCACGACAAUUACCAGGCUUAAAUAUGGAUCCUGUAGUUUGCAUACAAGUCGGAGAUCAAAAAAAAUACACAAGUGUGAAGGAGAGCACAAAUUGUCCUUACUAUAAUGAGUAUUUUGUUUUUGAUUUCCAUAUGCCACCAGUCAUGUUAUUCGAUAAAAUUAUAACGUUGUCGGUAAGUAAGUUUGUUUGCGAAAUGAAACUAAUUAUCCACAAACAUUGUAAUUAUUCAAUUAAAACAAAUUACAAAAGUGGAGCUCCAACUUGGUAUAUUUUGGUCAUACAAUCAAGGAAGUUUCUACGUUCUGGUACGCUUGUGGGUUCAUUUAAAAUAGACUUAUCAACCGUCUAUGAUGCGCCUGGUACUUAA